UCGUGGCAGGAUCAAAUGCUGCGUUCAUGUCAUGUCGGCAGAAUGGGGAAGAUGGAAAUAGUUCCCAUAGGAGCAACUUGGGAGCGUUCACGCAGUAGUCCACGUUGGUGGCUGUCAACAGUGUAGUCUGAUGCGAUUAAGGCUACUUUGUGUCAGUUACCUGUAACAUAAUUUUAUUGUGUGUUCACACAAUAAAAUCUUACCUGUUUGUGCAGCAUGAAGAUUGCAAUCGAAGGCUGUUGCCAUGGUGAGCUGGAUAAAAUCUAUGAGACCAUUGGCUACCUGGAGAAGAGGGAAGGGGUGAAAGUGGAACUGCUGCUUUGCUGUGGAGACUUUCAAGCAGUGAGAAAUGAGAGCGACAUGGAGUGCAUGGCAGUACCAGUCAAGUACAGAAUGAUGCAGACCUUUUACAAAUACUACUCUGGAGAGAAGACAGCUCCGGUGCUGACCAUCUUCAUUGGAGGGAACCACGAGGCUUCCAACCAUCUGCAGGAGCUGCCCUAUGGAGGCUGGGUUGCACCCAACAUUUAUUAUCUGGGUUAUGCUGGUGUUAUUCGCUACAGAGGGAUUAGAAUUGGUGGCUUAUCCGGAAUCUUCAAAUUCUGUGACUACAGAAAAGGUCACCAUGAAUUCCCUCCAUACAACCCUGAUACGCUUCGAAGUGUUUACCACAUCAGAAAUAUUGAAGUUUUCAAACUAAAACAGAUCCAGAUGCCCAUAGACAUUUUCAUGACCCAUGACUGGCCUCGUGGCAUCUACUACUAUGGAAGUACAGAGGAGUUGCUGCGAAAGAAGAGGUUUCUGCGUCAGGAAGUGGAGUCCAACACUCUGGGAAAUCCUGCUGCUGAGGAGCUCCUCACACACCUCCAGCCCACCUACUGGUUCUCUGCUCAUCUUCAUGUGAAAUUUGCCGCUGUUAUGCAGCAUCAGCCUAAAGAUAACGCUGCCCCACGUGUAACCAAAUUCCUGUCUCUGGAUAAAUGUCUGCCCUAUAGGGAAUUUUUACAGAUUGUGGAUGUUCCAGAGAGACCAGGCUCAUCAGAGGGUCUUGAGUAUGAUCCCGAAUGGCUUGCUAUUCUGAAGGCCACCAACAGUCUACAGAGGACCACUCCUCAUCCCUGGAACCCCCCAGAGAAUAAUGGCCUGCAUCAACGGUGGGACUUCAGAGCUUCAGAGGCAGAUAUGAUGCAGGUGGUGGAGGACCUCAGCGGUGAUCUUGUCAUUCCAGACAACUUUAGCAGGACCGUGCCACCCUAUGACCCGGGCAGACCCCAGCCCCAGUCGGCCCCCAGCUACAUCAUCAAUCCUCAGACAACUGAGCUGUGUGCCACGCUAGGUCUCACAGACAUCUACGCCCAGGUUGGGCAGGGAGAUGAUGAACGGCGGCAAGGUCAGAGUAGCACCGGAGGGGAAGAGGAGGAGGAUGAAGAUGGAAAUAGUGGAGGAAGUGUGGACGAGCACAGUGAGUAUCCGACUGACACCUCAGGGUUAUCGAGUUCACUGAAUCCCGAUGAGAUCACAUUAGAGGAUGAGUGGAUAGAAGAGGAGGCAGAGCUAAAACCAGCAGCAGUAGAAGACGAACUCCCUCAGGUCCCCAUGGGUGAAUUCCACACCCCCAGCCACAUGGUUCUGCCGGCGCCCAAAUAUGUGUCGCCCAUUCACCUGUCCACCCUAAUGAACCUGCCACCUCCCUCCCACUCGACCCCAGCAGCUGACCGCACUCUCUAUGGAGCAGCAAGGGAGGGGCCCAGGGAGGGGCUCAGGGAGGGCGGUGAAGAGGAUGCCACUGCUGCACGCACCUUAAAACGUACCAGUGAUGAGACUGGCAAUCCUGGCAGCAGAGGUACGACUCCCAGAAUCAAACGCAGGAACCAGGUCAUCUAUACAGCAGUGGAGGAUGAGUGUCAGGAUUAGACGUCAGGGUGAGGUGAGGACUCAUUCCAGCCAGGACAGAGUGUACAGUUCUUCACUGGUUACAUAUAUAUCAAUUUGCAAAACUUGCAAAACAUUUUACACAGCUUCCCAUGAGUUAUACAAAGUGUAGCUCUUAAAAUACCCCCAAAACAGACUGUACAUGUCCAGAGUGUGAGGGAAUUACAGCUGUGAAAAUGCUUUUGUUAAAAUGUAAACAUCUUUUUUAAAUAUUUUAACCAAACCAAGAAUAUUUUAGAAAACGGAUUUUUGAGUUUCAUUUAAUUUUUUGUACAUGUUACUUCAAGACAAGAGCAGUGAUUGAAGUGCUGGAGAAUUAAAAUAACCUUUUAUAAAACGAAUAAAGGCCAUUGUACACCACUGUGGAGCCACUUGGCAAACAGAACAAUAA